UUUUGUGACCUCUCUUCCGUUUUCUGUACUUUGCGUUGGAUACCUUUGCGUUCUCCCACAAAUUGGAAGUAAGGAGACGAAAAAAAUGCAAUCUUUGCUUUGGAUUUUCCGCUCCAAGACGAGAAGGCAUCACCAAUACUGAAAUCCCUGCAACUGCUUCGAUUGACCUUCCCCAAAUUAUUUGUCUGCUUAGGAAUCCGUAUCUCUAAUGGCGGCCAUUUCUUCGUUAUCUUUCACUGCAGUAGGUCAAGCUUCGGAUAGGAAAGUAUCUGUUUCAGCGACUCGAUCAUCUGCUUCUUCUUUCUAUGGUUUCCGAUUUCGAUCGAACUUUACCUCUGAUCCGAUUGCUGUUCGUUCCCAAAAUUCAAGUUCUCGAGUGGUUAUUCAAUGCAUGUCAGUUGCAUCAGAUUUGCCCACGGUGUCCGAGACAAAGUUGAAUUUUCUCAAGGCAUACAAACGGCCAAUUCCUAGUAUAUACAAUUCAGUGUUGCAGGAGCUGAUUGUCCAACAGCAUUUGAUGAGGUACAAGCGGACAUACCGUUAUGAUCCUGUGUUUGCUCUCGGCUUUGUCACUGUGUAUGAUCAGCUGAUGGAGGGUUAUCCGAGUGACGACGAUAGUGAAGCCAUUUUCAGAGCCUAUAUCCAGGCACUGAGGGAGGAACCUGAACAAUACAGAAAUGAUGCAAAAAAGUUGGAAGAAUGGGCACGUGCACAGAAUGCCGGUUCAUUGGUUGAGUUUCCAGCUAGAGAAGGAGAAAUUGAAGGGAUCCUAAAAGAUAUUUCAGAACGGGCUGGUGGCAAGGGGAGUUUCAGCUAUAGUCGUUUCUUUGCAGUUGGAUUGUUUCGUAUUUUGGAGUUGGCAAAUUCAAUGGAGCCAACAAUAUUAGAAAAGCUCUGUGCGGCCUUAAACAUAAACAAGAGAAGUGUUGAUCGGGACCUUGAUGUAUACCGCAACCUACUGUCCAAGUUAGUUCAAGCAAAGGAACUCCUGAGGGAGUAUGUGGAUAGAGAAAAGAAGAAAAGAGAAGAAAGGGCAGAAUCACAGAAGGCUAAUGAGGCCAUUAUGAAAUGUUUGAGAGAAUCCCAAUAUGCAGGACAGUAAGUCAAGCAUUCUAUGAGCUCUACAGUGAACUCCAAGAAACUUCAAAUCUCUGAUUCUUUCAUGUAUUCCAAGGCAGAGCGUGGCCUCCCAGUUACAGGAAUCACCUGUACGGGAACAAGUUUGUAUACCAAAUGUAUUAUUUAUAGUGAUCCAGAUGUAUUCUCUGUAAUCACUCACCUCGUCUUUUCCACCCCAUCCCAGGGGUGUCUUACAAUUCUAAUGUGUUUAACUAAUAUCAGCUACAAUGCAGAUACUGCAUAGGGACCAUCAUUUUCCGUAGUAUAUUAAAUUUCAUUAUUUAGAAA